CCUUUAUCUUUUCUUUUAGGUUGAGUACUGGCUGGGUGGCUUGCUUGCUUCAGUUAAAGUAAGAGACCACAGAGAGGGAUUUCUGGUGGUUUUCAUGGUUAAAGCAGGUUUUAUACCCUCAAUCCACUCCUUUGACAGUUUCCCUCUUCUUCUUCUUUUUUUCUUCUUCUCCUUCUCCUUCUCCUUCUCUUCUCUUGCUUUCAUUGUUAUUCAAUUCCCUCGCAAGUCUUUCUCUAAGGAUCCAUAUAUCUUCAUUUUCCCUCUUUUGUGUCUAAUUUUUCUUUCUUCCUAAACUCUGAAGUUGGGUUUUAAUUUUUUUGAUAUAGGCAUAUAUAAUUCCCCAGAUCUUGAAUUUGAUGAUUAUUUGUGGUGGUGCAUAAAACAGCUGCUGCUUAUUGGGAGAUGAGUAGUGAUAGAGUUAAUUAACUACAUGCAAGAUUUCAAGAGUUUUCAGAGAUCAAGAAGAUCUUCAUAGCAGGCAUCGACCAACCAUUAGAGCGAAAGGAAUUGAAGAAGUGAUGAAUAUUAAUAUAGGUGGCGGGUCAAUCAGCAGCUCUGAUCUUAUUGAUGCAAAGCUUGAAGAGCAUCAGAUCAUAUGUGGAUCCAACCACUGUCCAGGUUGUGGUCACAAACUUGAAGGCAAGCCGGACUGGUUAGGACUACCUGCUGGAGUCAAAUUUGAUCCAACAGACCAAGAAUUGAUUGAACAUUUAGAAGCAAAAGUAGCCAAAGACACCAGAUCUCAUCCUUUGAUAGAUGAAUUCAUACCUACUAUUGAAGGUGAAGAUGGGAUUUGUUACACCCAUCCAGAGAAACUUCCAGGAGUGACAAGAGAUGGGUUAAGCAGGCAUUUCUUCCACAGACCAUCCAAAGCAUACACAACUGGAACAAGAAAGAGAAGGAAAAUCCAAACAGAAUGUGACUUGGAAGGAGCUGGAGAGACAAGGUGGCACAAAACCGGCAAAACAAGGCCAGUCAUGGUCAGUGGGAAACAGAAAGGGUGCAAGAAAAUCUUGGUGCUCUAUACAAACUUUGGUAAGAAUCGAAAACCCGAAAAGACGAACUGGGUGAUGCACCAAUACCAUCUUGGGCAACAUGAGGAAGAGAAGGAAGGUGAGCUUGUGGUGUCCAAAAUAUUCUACCAGACUCAACCAAGGCAAUGUAAUUGGACUAGUACUGGUGUUGAUAGGAGUAAUACUGCGAUUACUGGUGAAGGAAGUAGUGAUCAAUUCCCUACUAGUACUAGUAGAAGAGAUAGUGGUAGUGGUAGUUGCUCUUCUAAAGAGAUUAAUAUAUCACUUAGAGAUCAUGAAAUAUCUGCAACUGGCGCUGCAAUAUCAAGUUUUGGUUCUGCCUUGGAUCAUUUGUCACAGUUGAAAGCUCAUGAACAUUUCAGCUUUGACCCAUUCAGGAAAAACUUUGAUGAGGUGGGGAUUAUAGAAGAUGCUUCAACAGCAAGGGAUCAACCCCCUUCCAUGCCUGUCACGUCCGAGGUCGAGUUCUGCGACAAUCAACAAAGGCCACAUCAUCAUCAACAACAACAUCACCAAGAACAUCAUCAACAACAACACCACCAUGAACAUCAUCAGAAUAUUGCAACUGCUGGCUUUCACAUAAGCAGACCUUCGCAUCCAAUCUCCACCAUUGUCUCUCCUCCUCCGCUCCAUCACACUUCAAUAAUUCUCAACGAAGACCCUUAUCAUGUCUCCAGGUUGAUGCUUCCAAAUGAUAAUUUCCAGCAACAACAUCAUCAUAAACUAUUAGGAAGGUCUGCAUCAGGUUUGGAGGAGCUCAUCAUGGGUUGCACUUCAACAGACAUCAAAGAAGAAUCGUCCAUUCCAAACACACAAGAGGCAGAAUGGUUGAAGUACUCGUCCUUCUGGCCUGCAGACCCUGACAACCAAGAUCAUCAUGGGUAGCAACAACACACCAUCAUCACCAUUAUUAGUACUUGAAGAGGAUAAUGCAUGCCCUGAAACCCACAACAGUACUUGUUCUCUCUCAUCUUUUUCUUUCUUUUCUCUCUUUGUCUCUCAACUGAAAUUAACUUCACAAACAGUCCAUGUUGGAAAAGAAAGAAAAAGAAAGCCAAGAAAGGAAAAGAACAAAGAAAAAGAAAAGAAAAGAAAAGAAAAGAAAAGAAGCCAAGAAACUAAGAAAGGAUGCUUCUCUACUGACAACAUACAAGCCCCAGAGCAGGAGCCAAAGACCCAAACAAAGCAAAUCCUCUCUCUCUCUUUCUGUGCUGAAAAUCAUCAAUGUUAUCAUUACACUAUCAACUUUCAUGCCUCUCUCUCUCU